AUGCUGCCCUUCCAUGUCCGGGACGUGAAUCCGCCCAAGCCCAGGCUGCUAUCCAUUCAGAGUCUUCGACUGCUUCAUAGUAGACCUGCGCUUCGAUGGCUUCCUCUCCUCUUGGGCUUCAUACUCGUCAUCUGGCUCUUUGCGCCUUUCCUGACCGACUAUACACGACAUUCCCCUCCGUUCACCACUCCUCAAAUCCCGUUGGACUCGGGGGUGCUGUCUGCGCGUGCCCAAAGCGUGAAGGAGGCUUAUAUCCACGCAUACUCUGCCUACCACCGGGAUGCGUGGGGCUUUGACGAGUUGCGACCGGUUUCGGGCACAACGGUUAACAACUUCAAUGGCUGGUCUGUUUCCGUGGUUGAUUCGCUGGACACGAUGUGGAUUAUGGGCCUUUACGACCUGUUCGAAGAAGGCUUGAAGGUCGUAACCAAGACAAACUUCUACAUGGCAUCGGAUGGCUAUGUGGGCUUCUUCGAGACGAUUAUACGUUAUCUGGGGGGACUGCUAUCGGCUUAUGCGCUUUCGGGGGAGCCUAUACUCCUUGAGAAGGCAGACCAGCUUGGUUCUGUGCUCUUGCCAGCGUUCAACACACCGUCGGGACUUCCCAUGUUUGCCGUGAAUCCAACAACUGGUGCGACCCGCGGAGGAUGGACUGGUUCUGUUUUGUGGGCUGAAGCGCUCAGCAACCAGAUGGAAUUCAAAUAUCUAGCGCAUCUUACCGGAAACGCGAAAUAUUACCAAAAGACAGAAAAAGUCAUGGAACUAAUGUACCACGCUGAUAUUACCGAGGGCCAAUUUCCCACUCAAUGGGACUCCCAUACCGGCAAACCGACCAAUCAGCACUUCUCUGUCGGUGCCUACGCUGACAGUGCACACGAGUAUCUCCUCAAGCAAUGGCUGCUAACGGGCCAGUCAGAGCCCAAGACCAAAGAGCUUUACCUUCGUGUUGUGGACUCGAUAAUUGAUACGCUUCUCUACGUAACGCCAAAUCGAAAGCUUUUGUACGUGACCGACACAAAUAGUGGGAGUCCGACAUACAAGUUUGAGCACCUCUCGUGUUUCCUCCCUGGUCUGUUGACGCUCGGAGCUCAUACCCUCGAUCUCCCGAAAUCGACAAAAGAACGGCAUCAAUGGGCGGCCGAGGGUAUCGCGACUACCUGCUGGCUUUCUUACGCGGAUCAAGCUACUGGACUGGGCCCCGACGAGAUGACAAUGAUGCGUUCUGAUUCCGCAGAUGAUAAAUGGGUCACUCAUCUCCAAGAAUGGGAAUCUGCUGGAAGGCCUGGGGGUGUUCCACCGGGACUGGGGGUAACCAAACCCCAAUCGGAUGCAUCGACCAGGGAUUACAGGGCGGAUAAGACCACCUACCUAUUGCGGCCUGAGGCAAUUGAAAGCUUCUACUUGCUGUGGCGAACAACGGGUGACGAGGCAUGGCGAGAGCGUGGAUGGGCGGUCUUUCAGGCCAUCGAAAAGCAUGCGCGCUUGGAGCGUGGUUAUGCAAGUGUUUCUCAGGUCGAUGCAGUUCCUGCCAAACAUAUGGAUGAGAUGCCCAGUUAUUUCUUGGCCGAGACGCUCAAGUAUCUCUACCUCAUGUUCAUCGAGCAAGAAAUUAUUCCGCUGGACAAGUGGGUGCUCAACACCGAGGCACAUCCUUUGCCGAUAUUCCAGUGGGACCAAAAGGAACGCAAAAAGUUCAAUAUACCCGCACGAUAG